ACUGUUAAAACAGGCUCAACACGUACUGCCUCCACCUUUUCGUCAGUUUCUUAUAUUACUUUCACUGGCAGAGUAUCUCAGUUUAUGUCGAUUCGCGUAUACGAGACUAUCGACGUACAACAGCUGAGAUGAAGAAUCUGCUGAUCGCAAUCGUUCUGAUUAGCCCCUGCCUGGGGGACGUAUCGCAUCUUUUGUCAGAAUAUUCUACGACGACUACAACCACUCCACCGCCACCUCCUAGACCGUACAGAUUUCAAUAUCAAGCAGGACGAUAUCCUGGAAACGUAGAUCGUGUUCAUCAAGAAAUUGGAGAUGGCAGUGGACGUGUCCAAGGUUCUUAUUCCUUCGUGGAUCCGAAGCACAAAGUACGAACAGUGCAAUACGCAGCCGAUGAAACUGGAUUUCACGCAUCAUUAAUAAAUUACGAAGACACGAUUGCUCAACCUAUCGAUUCUGAGGCUGUGAGACUCGCGAAGGAAAAACAUUUCCGAUUGUACCAGAAAAUUGCCGAGGCAAAUUCUCACGGCGUUCCGGUCAAUUUACCACGGGAUUCCGCGAGUGUGGGGAGAGCGAAGGACAAACAUAUUCAACUGUAUCAGAAGAUAGCCGAGGAACACGCAGCAAUUGCUAAUCAAAGAGAGGCAGAACGAUUAGCUUACGAGGCUACUUCUGCAAUAAACGAUGUAAAUCCUGACCACGUGUAUUAAGUUUGUUAUUGGACCGUCGAUUCUUAUACAUUUAUGUAAAAAUGCAUGAAAUAUAUAAAACAUAUACGUGUAUAGUA